UGCUCGACGAUGAUAUUGCGAGCAACGCGGAUGAUUUGUAAAAUGAAGGUGGGUGUUCCAGUGCUUUCAGCGCUCCUGUAUGCGUGCUUUCAUAUUCGUGCCUCCCUCUCUCCUACUCAUCAGCUUCCUUAAACGCCACUGUCUCCCUGCCUCUCCCUUGAAAGAAACAAACCCUUAGCACAAUCGUCUUCAUCAUGUCUGCCACCAGAUCCCAGUCUCCCUACAGUAGCGGCGAGAGAAGCCCCUCAUUGAGGGGGGCUGAUUCUGGCUAUGCCAGUGCCAACAACAGUGAAUGUGGCAUGCCAGAGGUAUACUUCACCAAACCACACCUGCAGUUCUUGAACCGGCAGCUGCAGUUUCUUGAGCCUCAAGAAAUUCUGAGAUGGUGUAUCACAUCAAUACCACACCUUUUCCAGACCACGGCCUUUGGCUUGACGGGCUUGGUCACGCUAGACAUGCUUUCCAAGUUGAAAAUCCCUCGUCCUCAGAUGGUUGACCUCAUCUUCCUUGACACCCUACAUCACUUCCCCGAGACUUUGGAGCUGCUGGACCGUGUUCGGGCAAAAUACCCUUUGAUCAAUAUUCAUGUCUACAAGCCAGAAGGCGUUGAGACGACGCAGGAAUUUGCCGAAAAGUAUGGCGACAAACUUUGGGAGAGCGAUGACAACAGAUACGACUACCUUGCCAAGGUCGAGCCUGCCGCCAGAGCCUACCGUGAGCUUCAAGCGUACGCUGUCUUGACUGGCAGAAGGAGGAGUCAAGGAGGUCAGCGGGGUGACCUUGACAUUAUUGAAGUCGACGAGGCAGGCCUGAUCAAGAUCAAUCCAAUGGCCAACUGGUCCUUCCAGCAGAUUCAGCAAUAUAUCAAGGAAAAUGACGUACCCUACAAUGCUCUCUUGGAUCGAGGUUACAAGAGCAUAGGUGACUGGCACUCUACCAGCCCCGUCAAGGAGGGCGAAGAUGAGCGGGCUGGUAGAUGGAAGGGCCAACAGAAAACUGAAUGCGGCAUCCACAAUCCACGGUCGAAGUACGCACAGUUCCUGCUGGAACAAGAGAAGAAGCGGGAGCGAGAAGCCCUGGAACAAGCCUUACAACAAGUCACCUUGGAGGCAUGAUUGUUCUGUUGUUAGGGGUCUCGUUUAGUUCAGCAUAGCGUCGGCGUUCGGGAAUCAGCAUCAGCGAUGGCUUGAGUAAUCCUACAUGGGGAGUGCAUGGCAUGACAUGGAAGUUAACGUGAUAUGAUAUGAACCUUUUGUUCAUACCUUGGACUAUUGGAUCCGGGAGGGCGACACCAUCCGCCGUAGUCGUAGACACUUGAUUACGGCGAGUGUUUGGUGUGACAGCUUAUCUAGACGAUAGAACGAAAAUCAAAAGACUACUCAUGAUA